AUGAGUGAAGAGGGCUAAUAAGCCAAGACUUAUCAGCCGUAUUUAGUAGUGGGAGAUAUUGGAGGCACCAACUGCAGACUCUAGCUACUAAAAAUGAAGUUGGAGGACCCUGAGAAUCCUGAAUAGGUUCAAGUCCUAAAGUUCAACACUCAAGAGGAAUUGAAUUUAUCGUCAGCUCUAAAUAAGCUUUUAGAGAUAUCUAAGAUUCAUCCAGCAGAUAUCCAAUGCGCUGUUCUAGGGAUAGCUGGGCCUGUUAUGAAGGGUGCUAUAACCUAUCAAUAUAACAUCAAUCACUGGUGUCCUAUUACUGAGGAGAAUUUGUAGAGAGAUACUGGAAUAAAGAAAGUAAAGAUUUUGAAUGAUCUUGGGGCGAUCGGUUAUGGAAUGAUAAAUCUCAAAGAGUCUGAGCUUUAUCCAAUGUACAAGCCUGAAGAAGGAGUGCUUGAGGAUUUAGUUAGAUUAGUCAUUGGUAUUGGCACCGGUUUAGGAGCAUGCCAGUUAAUGAGGCCGGAAGAAGAUGGAACAUUCCAUGUUUAUGCCUCUGAAGUAGGAAUGCUUAAGUUGUAGCUCUAUACUUAAUAAGAUAGAGAGUUUGAGGACUUUUAAAGAAAUGAAAAAAACUCUAAUAGUGAUGUGGUACAAAAAGUCAUGUCUGGUAGAGGUAUCUAAAAUAUUUUUGAGUUCUUAGCAAAGAAAUAUCCUUAGGAAUCUAAGUUAAUGAAUGAUAAGGAAGGUAAUUUUGCAGAGAUAAAACCAGAAGACAUUUGUAGAUAUGCCCAACAUGAAAAUGAUCAACUUUGCCUUGACACUUUGACUUAUUUCAUUGAGUACUUAGGUCGAUAUUUAGCAGAUGUAGCUGUUUCAUUCAUGCCUCUUGGAGGAAUUUUCUUGACAUCAUCAGUCAUUGUAGCAAUGGAAUUCUUGUUUGAGAGACCAGAAAUUAGCAAGAGAUUUAUUCAUAACUUCUAGAACAGAGAGGGCAUGUCCUCGAUUCUGUAAAGAAUACCCAUCACUGUUGUUAAGAAAGCAGACAUCGCUACAAGUGGUUGCGUCACCUAUGCUCUAAUCAAAAAUCUCUUUGAAUUUGGUGAAUAGGAAUGA